AUGUCUAAUUUGAAAGUUUUGCGCGGGAAUAUUUCGCGGCAAAUAUUAAAUUCGUUAUCAGGUGUUAAAGAAUGCAAGAAGUCUAAAAUAAAUAGUGUUUCAUACAGUUGUAUAUCGAGUAGAAAUUUAGCUACUCGAACAGCAACAGCUGUAGAUUAUAAACAUUUAAAUUCUCCAUUGGGUGAGAUACAGGUUGGGAAUGAAAAUUUAACUGAAUUUGUGUUUUCGGACGUCGAAUCAUGGUUAGAUGCCCCCUCAGUGACGUGCGGUGCUUCCGGUCGUGGAUACGACUUUGCUAUGAUGCACAUGAUGAUCGGAAGAUGCGCUGCUGCCUUGGCUGGGCACUUACGGUUAGCUCCUGGGGAGAGAUUGGGCCUCAUCCUGCCUAAUAUUCCCGAGUUUGUGGUUCUCAUACAUGGAGCUAUGAAGGCUGGUCUUGUUGUGACUUUUGCCAAUCCUUUGUAUACGGCAGAGGAAGUCAAACGUCAGUUUGCGGAUUGCAAUGUGAAGGCGAUCGCUACGAUCGAGCUGUUCAUGCCUAUCGCUCAGGAAGUUUGCAAGGCGCUUAAGGACUACAAAGGAACUAUUUGGGUUGGCGGAGAAGAUGACAAAGCUAAUGACGUAUACGGACUACGGCCUUUGUUAAUGGCUGAUCACAAAGCAGAUCUCCCAACAGUGAACGCUGACGAAGUUUGCCUAAUUCCUUAUUCCAGUGGCACUACAGGAAUGCCUAAAGGUGUCAUGUUGACCCAUAAGAACUUGGUGUCUAAUUUAAAACAGGUGUUGCACCCGAAGUUUAUGAAAUAUGACGGAGAGAAAGGUAAAGCUGAAGUCGUAUUGACCGUGCCACCAUUCUUCCACAUCUACGGUUUCAAUGCAAUCCUCAAUUACAAUCUGACAAUAGGCUCUCACUUAGUUACAAUGCCAAGAUUCACACCAGAUGACUACAUCAAAUGCUUGGACGAGUACGAACCAACUACCUUAUUCGUGGUGCCCUCUUUACUGGCAUUCUUAGCGACGCAUCCACAUGUCAAGAAGGAACAUUUGCAGUCCGUCGAGACUAUCAUGGUAGGAGCGGCCCCAACAACGGACAGUAUGCUCGAGAAGUUCCUAUUGAAGUGCGAGAAAACCAAGGAUGAGAUUAGACUGUUGCAAGGUUACGGUAUGACCGAGAGCUCUCCUGUGACUCUGCUUACACCAUACACUUACCCAUACAGUAAAGUGGGCUCAGUAGGACAAUUGGUACCCAGCACACAAGCAAAGAUUGUAUCUUUAACGACUGGUGAAAUGUUGGGACCUCAUAAAUCUGGUGAGCUGUGGUUGAAAGGACCCCAAGUGAUGAAAGGCUACUGGAAUAACGAAGCGGCUACUAAAGAGACGGUGGACAGUGACGGAUGGCUACACACGGGCGACGUGGCGUACUACGACGAAGAACACUAUUUCUACAUCGUCGAUCGCACUAAAGAACUCAUUAAGGUUAAGGGUAAUCAGGUGUCACCGACAGAAAUAGAGAGCGUCAUCAUGGAGCGGGCAGAAGUGGCGGACGUGGCUGUUGUAGGCGUCCCGCACCCCUUGGCGGGUGAAGUGCCCAAAGCGUUCGUCGUCCUCAAACCCAAACAUAAACUCACAGAGAAAGACGUUUAUGAUUUAGUCGCGCAGAAGCUAACGAAAUACAAACACCUUGAAGGAGGUGUGUUAUUUUUGGACACGAUACCGAGGAACGCGGCCGGCAAAAUAAUGCGAAACGAACUCAAAGUGCUCGGAGCGAAGAAAAAUUAG